AUGCAGGUGGUGGCACACGACAAAGUUACCUCCUUCUCUGGACCACACUCGCUCGGCGUAUCGAAAUCGGAGCCCACCGCAGCAGAUGAGUGCAAGUUCGGGCUUCACUUCAUCCUGAACAUGCCCAUCCGACACACGCGGCAGUCAGCACUGACCAGAACUGCUGUGGUCGCAUCACCGUCGGCUCAUAUUCUCCAAGGUGCCAAACAAACCUUGAAGCUAAGCAAAGAGGAGAAGAAGCGCCGUCGCACAUGCAGACACGAGGGCUGCAACAAUUACAUCGUGCACAAGGGACUGUGCUGUCGUCACGGGGUACGUGUCAAUUCCGUCCGAGAAAUAGUGGAUUCUUGGUAG